AUGGAGGCUUUAGUUCAAGUAAAAAUUGAGCCAGAGGAUUCAGGGUUUGAGGUGGAAGUGAACUUUAAAGUGGAAUCAGAUGAAGAACCCCAUAAUAAUGAUGAGGAUGCUUCAUAUAAUUUUGUGGGAGUAAAGCAGGAGUUACCAGACCACAUAGAUGUCAAAAUAGAACCUGAAGAUGAUUAUGAAAAUCCCUAUGAGCAUAAUGAACAUCAUGAACAUAUAUUACCAGAUAUAUCUAUGGAAAUUGGCCAGCCUACAUAUUAUGACCAUUCUAAAGAUGGUGUGACCUUACCUUUACUUACCCCAAGACCUAGAAAUAGAGAGAGAAAUAAAGAUGAUGACUCUGACGAUGAAUAUCUACCUUCAAAGACUAAAAAGAAGAAAAAAGAGCCUAACGUGAAACCUAUAUUCAAGGGAAAACCUAAAUGUGGACCCGACGAUCAAAAAUAUUCAGACGAGAUAACGAAACACAUAGAGAUAGUGACUAUAGACGAACCGGCGCGUUUGUUGGAACACCACGCGCUGUUCAGCAGUAGGCGGCACAUGAACUACACGUGCGAGCCCUGCGCCUUGGGGUUUGUGGUGGAGGAGGCCUACCACAUGCACAUGAGGAUUCACUCGCCUGAGAAUGGCGACCACCAAUGCGACAUAUGCCAGGCUCGCGUGAAGACGGCCGAUGUACUGUACCGCCACAAGUUACGCCAUUACCGCCGGUAUCGCUGCGCCAUCUGUCUGCUGCAGCUGCGGGACAAGGACACGGUGGCGGCGCACGUCAUGCGCGAGCAUCUCGGCGCUGCCUUUAUCUGCACGCACUGUGGACGGGAUUUUAAGCGUCCCCAGUAUCUGAAAAGGCACGUGGAGCAAAUGCACACCCGCCCCCUGCACCUGGAGUGUCCGGUGUGCGGCCGCGUGUUCUACGAGAGGGGCUGGUUUCGGUGUCAUGUUAGAACGCACAACGAGGAGGUGCGCAAGAACAUCGACCGCAAGGCGAUAUGCUCGGAGUGCGGGCGCGAGUUCCGCAACAAGGCGUACCUGGUGCGGCACCUGCACACGCACGAGGACCGGCGCCGCGCCGCCUGCCCGCACUGCCGGCGCGCGUUCAAGAACGCGGAGGUGCUGCGCGUGCACCUGCGCCAGCACCACGCACGGGACCGCCUGAAUGAAGACGGCACCAUCGUACCGAAUCUCACAGGGCGCAGCUACGCCGGUCCAUUGAGAGAGAGGGGUGCGCAGUGCAACACGACAUGCCUGCAGUGCGGGCGCGUGCUGACCACGCGCGCCAUGCUCAUGCGCCACACGCAGCGCAUGCACACCGACCACACGCGCAAAUUCCAAUGCGACUACUGCAAGAAAUGGUACUUCACGAAGGCGGAGGUGCGGUCGCACAUCGAGUGGACGCACCUGCAGCAGCGGCGCCACGCCUGCGCGUGCGGCCGCGUGUUCCGCACGCCCGCCCGCCUGCGCGCGCACGCCUGCGCCGCGCACCUGCGCAUCCCGCCGCCGCGCGAUAAGAGCUGCCCCAUCUGCGGGAAGUGCUUCGCGAAUCGUCAAGUCCUCACCCGUCACAUCCGAGGCCACUCCGGAGAGACGUACCCUUGUAUGGAAUGCGGACAGAAAUUCAAAACUCAAUCCUAUGUAAAGGUCCAUUACAAACUAAAACACCUCAACAUGACCCGUGCUGAGAUAAAAGCCCAGACAAAAAGAAAAUUAUUAAUGGUGAAUAAUGUCGACGAAAUAAUGAAUGCGAAAGUUAAAAACGCAGUAAACAAUAGCACCGGUGAAGACCCCUUGAAUAUAGGGAAUGAGGGUUUAAUAGAAGUAAAGAAGGAGCCAGAUUUGGAAGUGCCCUCCUUCGAAACGUUUCUAGGGAUACCGCGCGAGUAU